AUGGCGUCUAAAGAAGAACUUAAGAAACGAAAAACUUAUCUACAAAUUGCGGGGUUUGCGUGCUCAAAUUGUCACAAAACAAGUAGAGAAGACGGAACUAGUUCACUUUUACGAUGCACACGUUGUCGUAUGUCUUAUUACUGUUCGAAAAGUUGUCAAAAAGCUGACUUUUUGUUUCAUAAACAAUUUUGUGCUGCUAUCGAAGAGCUUAGCAAUCUUGAAGAGGUUUGGUAUUCAUGUAAUGGUAAAGAAUCUGAAUGGAACAAGAGAAAAAUUUAUCAUAUGCAACUGUUAGUAGCGGCGCUUGAUAGAGACUUAACUAGUUAUGAGAGCAAUGCUUGGUUAAAUCAGCCAAAGUGUCACCGAGCAUUGGGAACAACACCGAUCGAGGCACAAAUCUUUAUGUCAAACUUAUCAAAUUAUGGUUCAAUGCGAAAUAAUGAGGGCACUUCGGAAACAUUGUGGGCUCCUGAAGAAUGGGAUGAAGGUUUAAUUUAUCCACCACUCCCAAAAGAUUGGAGUUCUUAUUGGAAAUGGAGAAAGGCACCACCACAAUUCAAUCAACUUGAUGCUGUGCGUAGAGUAAUAACUAACUCUCUAUCACUCCCACUCACAAUUCUAUCUGCUUUGGAAAGAUUUUAUUCACGUAGUCAAUUGCGUUCUUUUGACGGCUUGGUGAUUCAUCUAAUAGGUGCUGGUAAAUAUGAGGUAUCAGCACUUAUGUCCUUCGAAGAAAUUAUGCAUAUACUCCCAAACAUAAGAACACUACAACUCAUAUUGAUUGGAAUAGAAUUAUCUUCAAAAACUAUGGGUGUUUCUCUACAAUGUUGCCCACGUUGUACUAAGGCUGAUCGAAAACGCAUUUAUUCAUUACAUCCAAUAUCGUAUCAUGAAUAUUCUGCCUCUGAUGAUUUCAUUACUCCCCAAAUUGUCGUUGGUUUCAAUAUUGGCCUAUAUGAUGAAUUUUGGAAACCAUCGGUUGAAUUUUUAAUAGAAAAAGAAUUACCUUGUAUAUUCACUUCUUAUUCCAAAGAUGAGGCAAAUCAAGAUGCUAAAAUGCUGAAGACUUUAGGUGCAAAGAUUAUUGUAAGUGCUAACGAAAAUAAAUGGCGGAGUACGAUGCCACUUGUCGAACCACAAGAAACGGAUAAGUUUUAUUAUAAUAACUAUUAUAGAACAUUACUAAAAGGGAGGCGUGAAUAA